UACGAACUAGUCUCAGUUUUAAAGCUAUCUGGCCAUUGUAACUUUCACUCAUCCCAGAGUGAUUGGAACGAUGACCAUAUCCGUAACCGGAAACGAUGGAAUGGAACAAACACACUCAACAUUACUCGCGCACAAUCCAAAUUGUAUUAUCUGAUUAUUCCGAAGCAAUGCAAUGCAUAUGUACAUACAUAUAAUGUUAUCGAGAUGAUAGUUUAUUUUGCUUUCACAUGAUGUUUCCUUUCACAAAAUGACAUCGGCUAAGAAGUUUCGUAUAAUUCGGAAAGUAUGCCCAACAUUGAUCACCUAUGUGUCAAUUUAAACGCCAGAUGUAACUGCAAUUUAGCUGCCACAGAUUCUGGCUACAAUAGCGCCAAAAUGUAUAGGUGGAAUCAUUCGGGUCGAAAGGAGCCAUUGAUGCUCCAACCCAUUGAGGUCAAUAAGGAGUUGAAACAAGGACAACGCAGGGAAUUUAAGUCGUUUUCAUAUCCCGACAAGAGUGUCAUCUAUGCAAGGAAUAGUCGGAAAUACUCUGUAGAUACUACGGAAAGCACAGACAAAGAUUUAACUGAUGUUUCAGCUAUAUAUUCAAGAGGACAUCCUUCUAUUUAUCCAGAUGCAAAAUACAGAUUUACGUCGUCGAGUGAACAGAGUAAAAAAAUCCAAUUAAUGAAUUCCAGAAUUGAUGGGGCCAAACAAUUUUUUGCGCAGAGUGGCAUUUUAGGGACAGCGAACUUCCAAAGUUCUUCUGACUUAAUAAGGAAAACUUCAAGCAUUCAUAUAGAUGCGACUUUGAAAGACCAGAUACGAAAAACAUCUUUGUGCCUGCGUUCAAGGAUUUGCAUCGAAAAGAAUAUACCAAAAAGCUAUGAUGAACUCAUCUAUUCACUUCAGAAUGAAGUCCUUACAUUGAAAGGAACCAUCAAUCAUGGGGAGACCAAAAUUAUCACACUGAGAACUGAAAUUAACAAAUUGAAGAGAGCCCUCCAAGAGAUAAUGCACGUCCAGAUGGUAGCUAGUAGCAACGCUGGUGAUGGCCUGUCGAGUACAACUAUUUGCCUUUUUUGCCAACCCAGAAACUGGACGAGCAAGAUUUAGAAAAAAGAUAUAUUUGGAUAGAAUCUUCUGUCAUUAUGUACAGGCCCUGUCACAGCUGUCAUAAAGACAAAAAAACAAUUAUGAUUAUUUUUUAAUUAAUUAAUUACACUUUAUUGAGGUUAUUUUCAUCUAUUACAUUUGAGAUAAU